CGUGCGUGCGUGCGUGUGUGUAUUUGUGUGUGCGACAGGAAGAGAGAGUGAGUGAGUGUUCAGUCCGCUGUGGAUGGGGAUCAGCAGAGAGAAGCGAGACCCGACUUAACUCACUCUCCGUACCGCGCGCUGCAAAAUGGCGGCCGCUUCUUCCAUGCAGCCGCCCACAGCGCACGAUGGAAAGCGCGCAAAUUCUCCCGUACCUGACUCGGAGAGCCCCGAGAGCCGGCCUGAGGAGGAUGGGGCUUCUGAGGACACCAUCCUCCGGGAUAUGGCCGAGCUGGAACCGGAGGAAAUUGAAAGGAGGCUGGAGAAAACUCGCCGAGAACUGAGCAACAGGAGAAAGAUUGUCAUCAAGAACCUGCCGCAGGACGCAACUAACCAGGAAGUGCAUGAUAUUCUACGUGAGUACGAGCUCAAGUACUGCUUUGUGGACCGGAAUAAAGGCACAGCUUUUGUAACACUCCUAAAUGGCGACCAGGCUCAGGACGCCAUUCGCUCACUGCACCAGACGUCGGUGCGUGGUCGUGACAUCAGCGUCCAGCUGCAGCCCACCGACUCCUUGCUGUGCGUCACCAACCUGCCUCACACAUUCACAGGCACACAGUUCCAGGAACUGGUGCGUUCCUACGGCAACAUCGAGCGCUGCUUCCUCGUCUACAGUGAGCUAACAGGCCACUCCAAGGGCUAUGGCUUUGUGGAGUACAUGAAAAAGGACUCGGCCUCCAGGGCUCGCUCAGAGCUGCUGGGUAAAGUGCAGGGCGACCGUUUUCUUAUGGUGCAGUGGAGUGACGUCAACCAGCUCAGCACGGCCCAGCACAUCCACUCCAAAUGCCUGUGUGUGGAGCGGCUGCCUGUGGACUUUGACAGCUCUGAAGAGCUAGCACACAUCUUUUCUGAGCACUACAAACCCGUCUUCUGUCAGCUGGCACAGGAUGAGGGCAGUGCCGUGCGGGGUUUUGCCGUGGUGGAAUAUGAGACAGCAGAGCAGGCUGAAGCCGUGCUACUGGAGAUGGACCGACAGCUGAUCCAGGGUCAGGAGAUCCGCCUGUCUCUGUGCAGCCCGGGAACAUCUGGCCGCAGCACACUCGCUGCCCUUAUCGCUGCUCAGGGAGUGAUGCUGAGCAACAAAAAGGGUUUGUUGCCUGAGCCUAAUUUGGCUCAGCUCCUAAACAGCAUGACCAAUCCAGCUGCUCUUCAGGUUCUUAUGAGACCAUACCACACUGGGAAGCGUGGAGGGAAGUAUCGUCCUCACAGUGUUCCUUUUCUCCGACCGCCGCUGACAGCUGCACUGCUUCAGCUAGGAAAAGCACAGCAGAAUGCCAUGCUAGGGAACGGGUUUGUUCUGCAGAACCUUCUCCACAUGCACAUGGCACAGCAGCAGCUCCUGCACAUCAAGGACAAGCACAUCAAUAAUGUUCCCAGUCUUUUAGGUGACCCUUCCCGUUUACUUCUCCAUAAAGUCUUGGCUCUGCGAGCUACAGCCCCGAUGCCGGUGGUGAAAGGUCUGAUAGGAGAUUCCCCCACCGACUCGGCUCGGGAGGCUGGAGGAUCUGGAGCAGGCCGCGCUCACAUGAGCCCCGGGGAUCAGAACGGUGUGUCAGCCCCAGACCAACAGCCAGCAGUGUCGACUCACUCUCACAGCCAGAUACCAGGCUUCAGUUCUGGGUUAAGCAGAGUGCCACUGAGCUCCAAAGCUCUGGUUAAUCACAACAUCACUGCAUCAGAGAACUGCACACUUACAACACAAACCAGCUGCCAGAUGUCUCUGCUGGGAGAACCGCCUAAGGAGGUAAAACUGCCCUCCAACCCUUACCUAAACAUGGCCAGUGUAUUACCUGGAGUGGUGCUGCAAGCUCCCUGUAGUGGCAGCAGUAAAGGCCAGCCAGUCAGUGGGACCUAUAGCUCGGUUCUUCCUCCUGCUUCCCUCCCAACCACCCAGUACAGCACAGAGUGCACCGCCUCAGACUACAACCAGUACACUCAGCAAUACUCACAGGAGGCCAUGCAGCAGUGGUAUCAACAUUAUCAGGCACAGGGUUACAGUAACGCUAACCAGGAAACUACGGCAUCUACUGAGUACAACAAGGAACCAGCACAGGCUGUGGUCACAUCUUCAUAUGGAGACUACACUUCUUACAUGCAGGCUGUCACUCAGUACUACUCUCAAACUCAGAUAAGCCAAGCUUCUGCACCUGCCUACCAGCAGAAAGAUCUCAGCAAGGAGCUGGAGGUUGUAAAGCCACCUAUGGUUGCACCUCUGUCCCUCAAUGGUGCUGCCCCACCCAUCCUGCCUGCCUACAGUGCCCUGCCAAUCAUGCCUGGUUUCAUCACCCCUACACACGCUCACACACACACACCGAGUGCCGUCACACCCACACACAGUGCUCACAGCGUAACAGACUGGAGUCAGUAUUACUAUACUCGAGGGCAGAAGCGAGAAUAUCCAACUCUGGCAGUACAGGAAGUGACAACAGAGGGGCCUUACGUAGGCCAGCACUCACAGGGACUGGGUGGCCAGUAUGCUGACUAUUUCAAAAAGAAGAGGAUUUAGAACAACACACACACACACACACACACACACACACACACACACACACACACACACACACACACACACACACA